ACCGGAAGUCUGCCUUGGGUCAGCAGGAAGCGCUCAGCCCUCACUGAAGAACAAGUGGGAGAAGCUAACGGUUUUUAAUCUGCAAAAGCUCGUUCAACAUUUACAAGAAAGUAUAUACACAACAUAUUAAAGUUUCCUUGUUUUUUCAGCUAAAAUGAGCACUGCUGUACCCAACCAUCGAAGGACCAAGCCAGGUGGCAUAAAGCCGGGGGCUGUUCAAAGUGGUGUGACUGGACCAACCUCCCAGAUCCCUGGUUUGUCCCAGAGUGCCGAUGAAAGUGCUCCAGUGGAGAGGAUCAGCGGGCGGCGAGUUGGAAUAUUUGAGACCGAUUCUGAGUAUGUGAAGCUUGCAAAGCAGGGGGGGCACAAAGGGCUGUUGAGUCAUGAUGCUGAUGAUGAUGACCCACCAAAAAAAACAUAUGACCCACCCAACUGGUUUGGAGGUGAUGAGUCAAAGAGCAGGAGCAAAGCAACAUCUCCUGACAGCCAGAUGAAGGCGAGCAGGCAGCCUCUGGCUGCACCAUUUGGCACUGAUAACGGUUCGUCCUGGGAAAGAGAGGCUGAUAGCUUUUCCCAUGGUAAAGAUAAGAUGUCUCCAGAUGGUGCCGUCAAUCAGAUGGAGGGUCUGUCACUAACCAACAAAUACAAGAGAACGUCUUAUGAUAAGAAGGCUCCUCCGGUCAGCAUGUCCAAGCUGCUCAGCCAUGGCUAUAUGGAGGACAAGAAGAAGUCUCCCAACGAUGAUGACACCUCAAGUGUGACCUCGGAACAAACAAGCACCGUCAUGACGGAGGACGUGGAUGAUCUGGAGUAGUGCGCUCAGGUUUCGGUCUGGAGGGAAAGUGGGAGGUGGUCCUUCUAACAGUGGUGUCACAAACCCACGCACACGCCACCCCUCCCCUCCAGGAUUCGCUCACAUUUAUUGUACAUCCACUGACUGUUUUAGGUUUUGUACUCAUGUUUAUGCAAAGCUCCUGUCUCUAUUUAUUUGCUCUGGUUUUUCUUAGAAGGGCAGACUUGUUUAUGAGUAGAUGUGUUGGUGCUGGCGGUGUUUGUUAAAGUUUCGGUUUCCUCGAUUUGAAAGACGAGUCAUGUGUGGGGCUGAAAACUAACAGUGUUUCAUUCCCAGUUCGGCUGCUGUUAGUUUUCCCUCCCUGGUUGUAUGAAAAUCGAGUCGGUGAAGUUUUAAAGUGUUUGUAAUUGUGAUUCCAGUGACGUGAAAUAUUAUUUGUUUUGACCAAGGGCUCCUGUCUGAAGGGAUGUGAGAGAUUCGUGUGUUUUCUGGGCUGUGGGGGUGGAGACGAUCAUUCGUUGAGACAGCAACCCUGCAGCUUUGAUCACAUGAUAAAUACAGAUGGUCAGAGCCACUGAGGUUUGUUUGGUUAAAAUGGGGCAAGAAAUAUUUGUUUUUUUUUUAGUUUGCUGUUCUGCAAAAGGUUGCUCUUUUCUGUGAUCCCACCCAGAACUUUUAAAAACGGGACAUCAUAUUGCUUCAUUUUUCCUCUGCAAGCUGCAUUAAUGAGGAUAAAACAGACAAACCAAGUGAAUGUCAGAAAUUUUAACAGUGCCAAGCUUGUACCUCAGUGUUGAAUCACUGCAUUUCCCUUCAGUUAAUAAGGUAGACCUUAUGCAACAGCAGGAAGUGCUUCCUUCUGUAGACCAACAAACUGAAAACGUUUUCACACAUCAGACAUUUUUAGAAAGAAGUCUGAACGCUUUUAUUCACCUGCCGGUGAAAAUAAGUCGCCACAGCUCCGGAACAUCUUCUGAAGUUUUCAGUCAUCUGGUGCAUGUGUGAAAACGGCUGAUUUCCAGUGUCAUUCCCUCUGAAGACUUGAGGCAGACAAGUUUUUUUUUUUUGUUUUUUUUAGUGGGUUCUGAACGUGCCAACCAGUUUUUUUUCCCUUCUUCCAUGCAGUGUUUUCAGUUUGUAAACAUCAGUAGGAUGAGUCAGUGUUAGUGCACAGCCAACUUGUUGACUAGAGAAAUGGUUAGUGCUGCAGUAUUUCAGAUAAACCUCUGGUUCAGAAGCUUCCUGCUUAGAUGAUAAAAUGUUCAAGAAUAAAAGAAAAUGUCUUACGUUGGAGCAAACUGCUCGUAAAGUGGCUCCCAAACUGCUGCAGAGGAUCCUCCUUCAUUCCUCCUUUUCUUUCCUAGCAUUCGUUUGACUGUCAGGACAUCAGGAGGUAAUGAUUCCUUUGUCAUUUUAUGGACGCUUUAGCUGCGAGUCAUCUAAUAGUAGCAGCUUUUAGGGCAUGACUGAACUACGAGGGUGAAAUCCUAAUCCCUCUGGGUCCUUUAUCCAGGGAGGAAAUUGUUAAAGUGGAAGGAUCGUAUUGAUGCUGUAAUCUUAAUAAAUUCAACACAUUUAUUAUGUGCAUCUCUGAGAUGCUGCAGCAGUAAUAGAUUCAUUUAAAACUUUAAAGAGAUGUUUGUCACAGCUGUGGGGUUUAAGAUUUUACCAACGUGGUGAAUUUAUGAUGCAUAAUUUGUCCAUGUGUUGAAUGAAAAGGUGUUUUUACUUUGCAGCGCAGGAAAAGGUGAAUGUAUCAUCUUUUGAUUUUUGCUCUGAUGAAACGGGUUUAUUUUUAAUGAAAUGUUAAAUAUUCCAGUAAUAAGUCCUCCGUCAUGUUUCUUCCUCUGAACUGUGAGUUGGUGGUUUUAUCAGUUUACAAACCAGAAUCAAGAACCUUUAGUGGCUUAACUUUGCAAAGUCCUGUCACUUGUUUUGCUUACUUUAAAUGGUGUUAAUGUGGAAUACAAAUGUACCAGAGAAAACUGAAGAAGGCAGCUGUUCAACAAAAGAUCCCUCAAGUGUUUGUGGUGAGGGGAAACCCACCUGAUAAUACUCAGUGUAACACCCUGCUUAUGUUGAUGACUGCUCACAGACUCUUGACAUUUAAAUAAAUGGGCAUGUGCAUGUA